GAGCCCAGUUUUGUUGCACUAUAGUCACUUCAUCUCUCUCUCUCAGUAGGAACGCUAGGACUUUGGUGCGACUAAGGAUCAUGACGACUACUUGGUUCAUUGUUGUCGCCGUCUGCAUCGCGACGACUACCGCAGGCGAGCCCGGUUGUUAUGCACCAGACUAUUGCAACGACCUCAUAAACGUGACUAUGACUUCACAACGAGAGGCGCUAGCAAACUCUACUCAAUGCUCGCCCUCCGGUCCAUGCGGACACACCUGCUGUCCGAUCAUUGUCAAGCCAAGUUGUAUAAGUCCUCCGAACGUGUCGUCGGUUAUUGAAUCAUAUAGCGGAUAUCGUGCAAACGCAGCCAUCAUUACCGCCUGGGGAAACUGCCCCACCAAAAACGGUUUCUUUUGGUGGGUGGACUGGGGUGACGGCACCAAAUCCUACGGCGACAGAGACGUACAGGGACCGUAUCAAGAAGUACACACAUACUACGGCGGCUGCUACCGCAGCUACCUCGUCGUGGCGGCGUACUGCGCCAUUCCACACACUGCCUCUCAACAUCCGUGCUGUGACUACUAUUGCAGACGUAUCGAUGUACAUGCUUGAUGGCACUUCCACAGAGUCUGCCUGCAACAAAGAGGAAACAGACCGAGCAGUGACAAAAUAGUCCUGCUGUACGUAGUCGCAGCUGAAUGUACGUGUUUGCUUCGAGUCUCGCACGCAAUUUGAUCUGAAACUUGCAAUUGUCAGAAAAACCCAAUAAAACUAGUUUAUGGAA